UAACAGGGGAUGUAUACGAUAUAUAUGUACGUGUGUAUGUAUGUGAUUAUUGUGUAUCAGGAUAUGUACUAAGUGUGAUAAGGAUACCCCAGGCGUCGACCCAGAAGUUCCGAACUGAACUCUACUGUAAAAGGGCGGUAGGACUCAUUAGCAUAUUGUAAGGGACGGUGGUACUGAGUGGCGUGCUGUUAGAGACGGUGGAUUAGAAGGAUAUUAUGAAAGCUAGGGGCGGACGGGUCGAAGAGCAGGAAACAAGGGGAGGUAAAAUCGAAGAGCGGGAAGCAAGGGACGGAUGUACAAUGAAGGAAGAGACCGUGGAUUGGGAGCCGCCUCAGAACCAUUUGGCGAGGUCUUCUUCUCAGAUCAAUCGAUGAAAUUGCCAACAUGUUUUUCUCUUCUGUAGCCAGCUGCGUCCGUUGAGCUAAUAAUCUCAUGUCAUCUUUUUUCCCAUAUCGGUUGAUGCUCGACGCAAUCAGACCAAUACAAAACCGCCUGUUCAGCUUGGGCGUGACAUUAUGGUGCUGUCGACACACCAAGGAUUGUUCCGAGCUAUUUCCCUCUUUCUUUUUGUGCUCAGCGUGGCUCCAAAAGUUCGCAAGGAUAGUAGCGGCAUGUCAAGACAAGAUGUCCUGGACAUGCUCGUCAUCAAUUCCACAUACAACGCCAGAAUCUCUCCAGACUACGAAGAAGAUAAUCCGACGCACGUUGCUGUUCAAGUCUACGUGUUGAGUAUCGAUUCGGUGAACGAGCAGUCCAUGGAUUAUUCAAUGAACAUCUACUUGCGACAGAGGUGGACCGAUCACCGGCUGGCUUUCACCAACUACUCGAAGACCACUUGGUUGGAACUUGACACAAAGUUAAUGAAGAAAAUAUGGGUGCCCGACACUUUCUUCCGAAACGAGAAGAAAGGAGCCUUCCAUGACGUCACAGUGCCAAAUCGACUGAUGCAUCUGUACAGAAACGGAACUAUAUACUACAGCAUGAGGUUAUCCAUAACCCUGACAUGCCAUAUGCAGCUUCAGAAAUACCCGCUGGAUGUACAGAAGUGUCCAAUUUUAAUAGCAAGCUAUGGGUACACGAUGGAGAACAUCGUGUACUCGUGGGUGGACCACAAACCGGUGGACUUCAACGAAAACCUCGAGCUGCCGCAGUAUUUCCUGCAGGACCACUUCCUGGGAAACUGUACCAAGACGUACAAAGAAACUGGGAGUUUUUCAUGCGUUCGGGCAGAUUUUGUUUUAAAACGUGACGUUGGUUUUUACAUCAUUCAAAUAUACGUACCUAGCGUCCUCAUCGUAGUCCUGUCCUGGGUUUCGUUCUGGUUGGACAUUGAGGCCAUCCCCGCCAGAAUAACGCUGGGCGUUUUGACGGUCCUUACCAUGACAACGCAGAGUUCCGGAGCACGUGCCUCCCUCCCACGUGUCUCGUACGUAAAAGCCAUCGACGUAUGGAUGGCAACGUGUCUAUUCUUUGUGUUUGCCUCGUUGCUGGAAUUCGCUUACAUUAACGUCAUAGCCAGACGGAGAAAACCAUUACGUUGUUGCGGCUUCCGCAUGAAAACAAAACACCCAGAGGAAAUAGCCCUUAAUGGCAUGGAUGGCAACUCCGACAAAAUUGAGGACGUGAGAAGGUACGGCAGACAGGGCGCCAGGUAUGUCGAUAAACUAGCCAGGUACCUGUUCCCAGGAUCUUUCAUCGUAUUCAACCUUGGGUACUGGAGCAUAUACAUAUUUGUGGACAUGAACUGAAACCCAGUGUACCAUCAUGUCAAACACUAGCGGAAGUGAUCAGGAAUCAUGGUUUCCAGGAUCUUGUCAAGCUGAAGUCAUCGGUGUGACCUGACAUAUCAUGGCCGUGAUCGUUUUAAAGGUCGUAUCACGUUGAAGACCAAUGUUGUGGCAACAUAUAAUCUCAUGGGAAGAAUAUUUGUCAUGCGUCUUGUUGAGUUAACGCGAAUGUUGACGCCAGAGUCAUUGUAAGAGUCACCUUGUUUAUGGUCCUGUUGAGUUGACAUUGGUGUUGACCCUAAUUAAUUCAGUUUUGUUAUGGGUCUUGUCAACAUGAUGACGAUAUUGAACCAGGUAUUUGAUAGAAAUAACCUUUUUUAGGAGUCUGUCUCAAAGUUGUUAAAGCCCAUAUCGAUGUGUGUAAAACGAUCACCAAUCGUCUUGUUUAUUUGACGUCUUUUACGAUCGAUGACAUGGUUUUAUAUUGAUUUUAAAUCAGUCUUCAAGAGUAAUUACGGGUGUUAUCGAUAAUUUUGAUCCGCCUUUUCAACGGUCUUGCCGAUUUCAAUUCCAUGUUUUGCGCCUAUAAAUGAUACAAAUAAUUUUAACAAGGCUGCUUUUGGGAUGAAAUGAAUGAUUUGUUGGAUUGACGUUAAUGUAUGUAUUAAUAAACCUGUGUUAGGCGCAGUCAUCCAAACUAUUUUCUAUUAAAUGAAUGGCUGUUUUGCUAGGUCAGAUUUGUACUACAGCAGACUGUUUUAAAGUACAUUGCAUAGUAUCUUAUGACAUGGCUGCUUAACAUCAGUAACAGCAUGAUAUGUAUGUAUUUUCGGCGAAAACACGAUUUAUACACCAUUAUGGAGAGUUAAGCAUGAUGUCCCGUAAAGUCAAAGACACUACAACAUGCUCAUGGAUAAUUAUGGCUAUAAGAAUUAACAAGACGAUACUUAAGCUAACAGAAAUACCCAUAGUAUGCUGAUCACGUGUAACGGCUCUUGGUGACAAGCCCAGCGUAUUCCAGCCAGAAAUAUAGACAGUUCCAGCUGUAGAUGAUUAAUGGAGUUUUGACAGAAAUAACUUGUCAAUGGGUUAAACAUAACCGAAUAUCGAAACCUUGGUAAAUAAGUGCAGCUGCAUAGGCAGUACUUUCAAGGCGCCAAACUCAGCACACAGACGACUCUUGGGUACAAGUUGAAAUAGCAGAGGAGCAGGAUGACAGUAGACCGAAGGUCCAAAUAAUGUUGGGUGAAAUGACGUCUUUCAAGGAAUGAAAGGUCUUAAGUAAAUAAUUGACUACAAUAUCAAAAUCAUCGUGGGUUAAUGUAAGGCAAUAUACAUUGUGAAAAUAUAUUCUCGCGGACAUUCUAUCACAUUAACAAAAAUCAUUCAAUGUUUUUUAUUUUAUAAGGCAAAGCUCAAUAUGUAUUUUUGAUACAAGAUUGAGGUAUGCACUCAUGAAUCACUGUUCAACAAGUAACGGAGUACCCCUGGUGCUCUUCGAUAUAUGUUAUUAUAUAUGCUCGCGGAAAAAUGUUCCUGCGAUACAAAUAAAAUGCAAAGUUUGUAAAUAGUUAUUUGACAAACUGAAAGAUGAUGACAACAUAAUUAUACAAAUAUCUAAUACGGUUUACGAAUGGCCACAAAUAAUUUAUUAUACACAAACGAUUGAUGUUUCCUUUAGUACCGUUAAACACAUAUCGUGUACAAUACAUGCACAGGAACGUUUUUCCCGUGAGUAUAUUAUAUGAAUUUCCUUUUGUAUAAGUACCGUUACAAAAAAUUUCAUGAAUAAUAACAUGCAACACAAUAUUUAUGACUUACCUUUCUGCCACUAUAAAUAAUUAAUAGGUAAGUGGAAGAUAGUUAUGUAUGUAUAUAUGUUGAUUCACCUUUGUUUGAAAUGCCUCAUCGAAGCAUGAUUUUAAGGUAUAUACAUGACCUUAAAUUCUUCAAAGGGUAUUUACUGUAUAACAGUGCAAAUGCAGCUAGUUAAAACAUUAUGUUUGACAUAUUAUGAACUUUAAUUUAGACGGCAUUUCCUCGGUUUCUCUCCAAUUCAACCAAUCGGAUAUCAGUAUUUUGAUCGUCUUAAUCGUGAAGACACACCAAAAAGCUGUCUUAAUAACAAGUCACGUGACCAAAAUUACUUCGACACAAUUGGCCAGACACCAUCGCCAAGAGCUGUACGAAUGACGUCAAAACAACUGGCGCGAACACGCAAUAACGCUUGCCCCGCCCAUAUCAAGUAAUUAACCUAUGAAAUGCCGUCUAAAUCGGUCAGAAGGCUUAAGACGUUUCUUCAGAAAUAAAAACGGGCUCCGCGUCGCUCCGCCCCAUCUUAUUUCUAAAGAAACGUCUUAAUGCCUUCUAACCUAUAUAUCAGUUAAGAUGUAAGAAUUUCAGAUGCCUAUUUGAAGUUCUUUGUAAUCCAUAUCUGUUUACACAAAUCAACGAACGGUCAUUUUCGUUGUCGCAGCAACUUUACAGGUUUUUGUUGCUUACUGCAUCAAGUUAAAUCUGCAAUGUGGAGUAUAGUUUAAUUGUUAGGCAGUCAAAAUAGAGCAUCCAGUUUCAGUUUCGUCUUCUGGCGUACCAUUCUUCAAUUUAUGUUGUCUAUGGGCUGUAAUCUACGUUACACACACUGUUAGGUAGUACGACGAAUUAAGGGAAGUUCGCUUUCUGAUGUGGUUUGUUGUAGUGUAUUAAACAGAGGCAAAGUGCGCGACCGAACACGAAAAGGAGCAAACAGUACACUCACUGCUAC